AUGAUGAUAAUAAGAGGGGAGUUGCCAUCAAAGGGAUACUUAUCCCCUUCCGAUAAAAAAUGUGCAAACACGUUUUUACAACAAGAAGAAGAGGAUGAAGAAGUUAAUAAAGAAUUUUAUAAUAAGAUAGGAGAUAUCAUUGAAUAUAUCGAUACAUCGCGAAAUAAAAUUUUACUUAUACAAUCAGAAAACCUAACGAAGAGAAAGGAAGUAACAAAUGAAUAUGAUUUCUUAAAAAAAGUAGGAGAGGUGUGUAAAAAAAGUUGUGAUUAUUAUUUUGAUACAAAUAUAAAAUAUCAUGAAGCGUGUGAAAAUUUUUCUAUUCUUUUUAAAAUAUUUUAUGAUUCGUUAAUAUAUAUUGUUAAAAAAAAUGAAGAAGCUGACCAUGUUCAGACGAUUUUACAACAAAUAGAAGAUAACAUAUCAAUGGAAAAACUAGAAAAAGAAAAGAUGAAUAUAUUAUUAAAAGAUAAAUUGAAUGAACUAGAAAAAAAUGUUUUUUUUAUGAAAAAUGAAUCUGUAAAUUUAAAUAAUAAAAUACAAGAACUUGAUUAUCAAAUUAAUCAACAUAAGGAAUCUUUCGAUUCUUUUAGUACCUUAACAAAUUUAAAUUGUGAAAAAUUAAUUGUAUUACAAAAUCAAUAUAAUAGUUUAACUAAUAAAAGAGAAAGCAUAACUAGGAGUAUUGCGAAAAAAGGGGACACUAUGGAAAUGUGUAAAUAUAAUUUUGUGCAGCAAAAAAAGAAACUGGAGGAGGAAAAAAACGAGCUCAUGGUUAAAGAAAAAGAAUACACACAUAAAAUAGAACAUUUAGAAAUUUGUAGACAAGAAAUAUGCUCAAAUAACACGAGAUUACAAUCACAAGUACAAUUUGUAGAGAGUCAAGUGAACUCACAAGAAUAUUAUGAAAAAAUAAUUGAGGAAGGAUUAAGUAACAGUAUGGAUACAAAAAAAGAAAUAGAAGAAAAUCUAAGUACUCAUAAAAAUGAAAUAAAUAAAAUAAUAGAAAAAAUAAAAAAAUGCAAAUUAGAGAAAAAAAAAGGAAAUGAAAAAUAUAACGAAUUACAGAAAAAGUUUGGUGAGUUACAAAAAGAAUUAGAAAAAAAAGAAAAUGAUGCACUUGAAUUUAAAAAGAAAUAUAAUGAUAUUAAUGAACAUGUAAAAAAUGAAGAAUAUACUUUAAAUCAAUAUAUUUUACAAGAUUUAAAAAAAAAAAAAAAUUUGUUACAAGAAGAAAUUACUAAUUAUAAAGAAGAAAUAAAAACAUUAAUAUUAAAAGAAAAAGAAAAGAAAUUAAAUAACCAUCAAUAUAAUAAUAUAAAUCAUAUAGACAUUAAGGAUGAUAUAGAUACAUAUAUUGAUUCUGUAGAAACCAAUUUGUUAAUCCAAGAAUUAGAAUAUAUUUUAAAUGAAAUGAAAAAAAAAAUUAAAGAGGAAGAAGAAGAAAUAUGGAAAAAAAAUAGAGAACUACAAAAUGAAAAUAUCAAAAUUAAUGAAUUACAAAAUAAAAUUAAUGAAGAAUACAAUAAGGAAAAAGAAAUCAAUUCAGAAGUUCAAGUUAUACAAGAAAAAUUAAUUAUACUUGAUAACAAAGAAAAACAAAAUCAACAAAAUAUUAAUCAUUUAAAAGAAGAAAUAAAUUCAAUGGAAUUAAAAAAUAAUAAAAACAAAGAAGAAAUUCAACAUUUAGAAAAUAAAAUAAAUGAAAAUAAACAAAAAAUAGAAAAUCAUAUAUUACAAAUACAUAAAGAAUAUGAACAAAAAAAUAAAAUCUUAUACGAAACAAAUAAUUUUUAUACAGAUAUUAAUUCGAAAGAGAAGAAACAAUUGAAAGAUGAUAUUGAUACAUAUACACAACAGAUUAAAAUACAAUAUGAUUUACAAAAAGAAAAAAUAGAAAAACAAGAAAAACAAAAAGUAGAUGAAGAAUUCAAAUAUUUAGAUCAAGAAAUAAAAAAAAAAGAUGAUUUAUUAAAUUAUUAUAAAGAAUUAUUAAAUAAACAGGAAAAUAAUACAAACGUGAACAUUAUAAACUAUGCACAACCAGAUAAUGAACAACCAACACAAGAAAUUAAUCCUUAUGAAGACAUAAAAGAAAAUAGAAAAUCAAUACAAAAUAAAAAAAUGAACUCUUCAAAUACAUAUAAUAAUUUUAAUAAAUAUAAAUUAUAUACAAUGCCUGAUCAGUAUAAAAUUGGAUAUUUUGAUGUUACAUCACCAAAUGAUAUGAGAAGAAAAAGUAUCAAAUAUCAAAACAGAUCAGUAAAAUCACCUCAUAUUACUAGGUUGCUCGAAAAAAUUAAAAAUAGAAAAGAAUGUCAUACGUUAGUAGCCUCCAAAAAAACACCUUUAACACAAGCAAACAGUAUCAAUGAAAAAGACAACAAUAGGAAGAGCAGUAAUCAUAAGGCUCUUACCAAAACGAAAAAAAAUCAAAAUGAUAAUUCUUUCGACUUAUUUCAACAUUUGUAA